AUGUCGAACAAGUGGAAAUUCAAUACCUUCGAUUGUAUGCAACAUCCUAUCAUGUGUUUAUGGGCUUGGUGUGUUCCAUGUGGUGGCUGUUGCAUGCAAGCCAUAGAUGCUAGAGAAUGCGACAAAGACAACAAGAAUGCAUGCCUGAUUGCAUGCUUAAUGAGUUGUUGUCUUGGCGUUUACGGAGCUACUUUCAACAGAUACCAAGUCAGAAAUAAACUUCAACUCGAAGGAACUAUUCCUAUGGAUUUCCUUUGCCACUGCUGUUGUGGGUGCUGCUCAGUCGUUCAGGAAUGGCAACAAGUUAUGGAAUCCAAGCAUGGAAAAGCAAAAAUCAACAUUUGGGAAGUCGGAAAAAAAUAA